AUGGAGAGGAGUGCUCUGUUCCUUCUAAUUGUCGUUGGCCUGGCUACUCGAGGUUGCAAUGGUGCCGGAUGCGGUUACCCUGGGGCACCUGCACACAGUACCGUCCGCUUCACAGGAACAAGUGCUGAAGACGUUGUAGACGAAGAGGAUGCCCUUCUAAAGGACACGAUACUGCCUGAGGGCACAGUGGCUACGUACACUUGCGAACGAGGCUUUGAGCUUCUUGGACCUGCACGGAGAGUGUGUCAGCCUGAUGGUUCUUGGGCACCCGAAGGCGUUCCGUUUUGUGUUUUAAAUGUUGCUGGAGGCAAAGCACCAAUGCAAUCAAGCAGCUCGGAAGGUGGCAUUCCACAACGUGCUGUUGACGGUAGCAGUGGACAAAUUUACACCCCUCAAACGUGCACCCUCACGAGACCAGAACACAGGCCAUGGUGGUACGUGAACUUACUCGAACCGUACAUGGUGCAGCUUGUGCGACUAGACUUUGGCAAACCAUGCUGUGGUGAUGGUAUACCCGGAACAAUUGUGGUUCGUGUCGGAAACAAUCGUCCAGACUUGGGAACGAAUCCAAUUUGCAAUCGUUUCACCGGCCCCCUUGAAGAAGGGCAGCCUCUUUUCCUACCCUGUAAUCCGCCUAUGCCUGGAGCUUUCGUUUCUGUACACUUGGAAGCGAAUACACCGACACCGAUUCCAGUACAGCUUUCAUUGUGCGAGGCUUUCGUGUAUACUGAUCAGGCUCUUCCUAUCGAGAGGUGUCCCCAGUUUAGAGAUCAACCACCAGGUUCAACCGCAACUUACAAUGGAAAGUGUUACAUAUUCUACAACCGACAACCGAUGAUAUUCAGGGAGGCGUUGGCAUUCUGUCGUACACGUGGUGGAACUUUAGUAGACGAAAGCAAUCCUGCAUUGCAGGGAUUUAUCUCGUGGGAAUUGUGGAGGAGGCACAGGAGUGAUACUUCGAGUCAAUACUGGAUGGGAGCAGUGAGGGAUCAAAAGGAUCGUACGGUUUGGAGGUGGACAGGAAGUGGCGAAGAGGUUUCCGUUUCUUUCUGGAGCCUGCCUCAAGGCACCGAAGAGGACUGCGCUCGGUACGAUGGUAGCAGAGGCUGGCUCUGGUCCGAUACCCCUUGUACAGCUCGAUUAAAUUUCAUCUGUCAGCACCAACCACGUGCGUGUGGUCGACCAGAACAGCCGCCGAAUUCCACGAUGACGGUGACCACAACGACGGAUCGGAAUUCCGGAAGCUUGUACGAAGUUGGAGCAGCAGUGGAGUAUACCUGUGACGCUGGCAGCCUUCUUAUAGGACCGUCUACUCGUACCUGUCUCGACACCGGCUUCUACAACGAGUUUCCACCGGUGUGCAAAAGCAUCGAGUGCGGUUAUCCAGCGAACAUAAAACACGGAGGCUACACACUUAUCAACAAUACCGUUAGUUAUCUGAGUCAGGUGCUUUACUCCUGCGAUGAAGGAUACGAGAUGACUGGUCGCGCGAGGUUGACUUGUGACAUCGAUGAACGCUGGAAUGGACCACCACCACGUUGUGAACCAAUUCUCUGCGAUCCUCCAACUCCUGUUUUACACAGUUACAUUCAAAUCGAUGAAAUUGACGAAUCUGAGACGCUACCAGCAAAGACGAGCUUGAAUCGAAGUCUUCUCGUAGGCAGUAUUGUUACAUACACUUGCGAGAAGGGUUACAAACUUACCGGGUUCCGACAGAUACUAUGUUUGCCCACUGGAUUAUACGAUCAUGUCGCACCCACUUGCACAGAGGAACCACGCACCACAAUUACCGUUCCUCCCAGAAUCACCGUGCGACCAACGACCGCCAGAACACGGCAACCAUUCUUACCACCCCGUGUCCGAACCACAACUAUCUCCACCACGACCACAACCACAACUACCGCUGUGCCAUCACGAAAAGUGCCCAGUACUGUCGAAUUGCCUGCGACAGUGAGAGAAACCAUCGCGAGGAAGCCAAAUAUUGGUCUUCAGAGGCCAGCUCCAUCCUCAUCGCCGUCUCUAAACGACGGCAGCAGCGAUCAUCCUCAGGACAACGAGAUCUCUGGCAGCGGUGUAGACAACGCACAGGCUGGCAUUGGAACCGGUGUCCCAGAACCAUCGGGACCAUACAGAGUGGAUAGUGCCGAUCAGCCGAGUAACACUCAUCAAGCGAAAUUAAAUCUAGGCGCGGUGAUCGCCUUGGGCGUCUUCGGCGGUUUUGUAUUCCUAGCCGCUGUAAUCACCACGGUCGUAAUACUCAUACGCAGAAACCGCGGUAGAAGCAGCAAGCAUUAUCGACAUCGUGCAUCCCCCGAUUGCAAUACCGUAGCCAGUUUUGGAAGCAGUUCUUCCGAGAGUCGAGGAGGUCUGAAUCGAUACUACCGCCAGGCUUGGGAAAAUCUGCAUGAGACUACUGGCCAUAAGGCCAAUCACCCUCCUCUUCGUCGCAAGGAGACCUUGGAUGAACCAGGAUACCGAGAAAAUUACCGUGGUAACAACACCGAGAGAGAUGGCUCGGAAUUAGUUGUGAGCGACGUGGCCACAUACCCGUCCAACAAGCACGCCAGCAUCUCCGAUAAGAAACGCCAUCACCAUCAUCAUCAUCAUCACCACGGUAACUCGACGCCCGAGUGGAGGCAGUCCCAGUCCCAAUCCCAGUCCCAGUCCCAGUCCCAGUCCCAUCACAGAUACUGA